AAAGGCAGCUUUUAUACACAGAAUCCCGUAAGGAUCUCGCCUCCAGAUCACUUUCACUACUUAAGGGGGAUUUGUACACGUUGUUGUCUUCAUCUGCUGAAUGCAGCGAUUUGGACAACUGACCUCUGAAAAGGAGCAUCUUCAGGUCUUUUAGAGGCAACCAAGGACAUCAGCGUUGACUUCUGUUUCAUAGCACAUAGGACGUGCUGAAGACGAGGAGCAGUGAAGAACCAGAGACCAGCUGAAAUGGAUUUGGUGAACGGUAGCACCGAGGUGAAGAAUGAAACGUUCAUGCACUGCCAAUCCACCACAGAGUUUGGAACCGUGUUUUUGUGCAUUGUCAUGAUAAUUGAGAUGAUUGUGGGCCUGCCGGUAAACGUACUAGCUCUGUGGAUUUUCUGUUUCCGCAUGAAAUUUUGGAAACCCCACACCCUUCUCCUCUUUAACCUGGUUCUAGCCGACUUCCUGCUCCUCAUCAGCGUGCCCUUCCGCAUCGACUCCGAACUCCGAGGGGUGUACUGGGUGUUUGGACAGGUCUGGUGCCGCAUUAACCUUUUCAUGCUGGCUGUCAAUCGCUCUGCCAGUAUUGCAUUUAUGACAGCUGUGGCACUGCAUCGCUACUUUAAGGUGGUCCAUCCGCAUCACUGCAUUAGCCGCAUUACUUUGACUCAGUCGGGCUGGCUCGCAGGCUUGAUGUGGACGAUUGUGAUCGCCCUUCGGAUUCCGCUGGUGACCACCAACCUCCUCUACCAGGAUGGUAACGUCUCCCUGUGUCGCAGCUUCAACUCGUACAGUGCCGUCCCUUUGGCGAUACAAGUACACUAUGUGGCCUUCACUGCAGAGUUCUUCCUGCCCUGGUUCUUGUUGCUGUUCUGCUCAGCCCGGAUUGCCUGCUUCUUGCACAAACGGCGGUUGGACAAGCAGAAGAGGGUAGGGAAAGCCAUCCGAGCUGUAGGGGUGAUCAGUUUGAUUUUCACCAUCUGCUUCAUGCCAAGUAUCCUUACAGGCUUGGGUGGGGUAUACAUCAAAUAUUUCCACCCCAAGGACUGCAAAACGUACAACGUGAUCACCCAGCUAUUUAAGAUGUGCAUCUGCUUCACGUACCUCAACAGCACUUUGGACCCUUUCAUCUACUCUUUCUCUAGCUCCAUGUUUCGCGAUGCCCUCAGGAGCUUCUUCAGCCACAUGGGCCUUGUGAAGAAAAAUGUCAGAGCACCCUACAACACAACCAAUAACUGCUGAAAGGCAAAAAUAAAAAACUAUUAUACAAUACAUGAAUAAAAAGACUUGCCCAGAACAUGGUCGAUGGUUCAAUCCUCAGGAUAUUGAGGUGUCUUGAGGAAGAUGCUGAACCACCCAGCUGCAAAAUGAAGACACUGUUUGGACAUUUAAACUGCAGUAUGUGUUUGAUACUGAAGUCUGGGUGAUGCCCCGAGGUUGAUGAAUGCUGCAGGGGAGUUUUAGACAGCCAUAACAUCAGUAUAAUGAAUACCAGUGGACUGACUGCAAAUGUUCAAUAUUUAUGCUCAAACAAAAAUAAAAGCAGGAAAAAUGUAUGUGUGUGC